UUGGUCACGUGACAGGUACAGGAAGCGUCCUUUAAAGGUACUUCAGGCAGCUCGUGGCAGAGGGCUUUCAUCCCUUGCAAAAUCAUCAGUAAGUGGGCAGGAUUUUCCCAGAAUAAACAACCAGUCCAAGUCUUAGACUGGAAGCUCAACGCCCCUGAGCAAAGAGCAAAAGUCCACACCCCUGGCUUGCACUGCUGCACUGGAUCAAUGCCUCUCAGGGAACUUGGAAAGACGAGAAGCGGUGACUUUGCUGAGUAAAUCAUCAAUCGUUGCAUUUAAAUCUGAUGUAUCUUGGGAUUUGUGGACAGAUAAGACCAGAAGAUGUCUUUAACAGUCUGGCUGCUUCUUGUCGCUCUGUGUGCCAGCGGAGGAUAUGGUGAGGAGGAAAAAGAGGCCCCCAGAAGUGGCCAUGUUUCUGUGGUCAUAGUCGGAGGAACAGGAGACCUGGCCAGGAAGUAUCUGUGGCAAGGAUUCUUCCAGCUGUACGUCGACCAGGUCAGCGGCGGAAACACCUUUUCCUUCUAUGGUGCAGGCUUGUCCCCAGCCGAAAAGGCCACACCGGUGCUUUUUGAGAUCCUGAAGGCAGUCACCUGCUCCAAGGAUGUGUCCCAGGAUCGCUGCGCCAUCCUGAAAGAUCAGUUCCUGCGGCUCUCGCAGUAUCGCCAGCUGAAAACUUUGGAGGACUACCAGGAGUUGGCCAAGCACAUCGAGCAGCAGCUCCAACAGGAGGGAAUGACGGAAGCUGGUCGGCUCUUUUACCUCUCUGUUCCAGCUUUUGCGUAUGCAGGUGCUGCAGAGAAGAUCAAUAGUAGCUGCAGACCGACCGGUGGGCCGUGGCUGAGAGUCGUACUGGAGAAACCAUUUGGACACGACUACAGGAGCGCACAGGUGUUAGCAACGGAACUACUGAGUGCACUAAAGGAUGAAGAGAUGUACAGGAUAGACCACUACUUAGGAAAGCAGGUGGUGUCUAAGAUACUUCCAUUCAGGAUAGAGAACAGAAAGUUUUUGGAUCCCAUCUGGAACCGGCAUCACAUCGAGAGGAUAGAGAUUGUUUUGAAAGAAACUCUGGAUGUUAAAGGUCGUAUUGCCUUCUAUGACGAGUACGGAGUGAUCAGAGAUGUCCUGCAGAACCACCUGACUGAGGUCAUGACACUGCUGACCAUGGAGCUCCCUGUGAAUGUGAGCAACAGUGGAGAGGUUCUUCGAAACAAGCUGGAGGUCCUCCAUUCCAUGCUGCCUUUAGGAAAGAAUCAAGCUGUGAUCGGACAGUACCAAACCUACAAAACAGAGGUUCAGCAGGAGCUGAACAAAACUAAAGAGCAUGUAACUUUGACUCCAACGUUUGCAGCUGUUCUGGCCCAUAUCGACAAGGCGCAGUAUGAAGACGUUCCGGUUCUUCUGAUCUCCGGGAAGAUGUUAGACGAACGUGUAGGGUACGCACGUGUCGUUUUUAAGAACGACGUCUUUUGCCUUCAGAGCCAGAACGAUGAUCACUGCAAACCCAAACAGAUCGUUUUCUACUUUGGGCACGGCUGUCUUAAAUAUCCAGCAGUUCUGGUCAGCAAGAAUUUAUUCAAGCCUUUGAUAGUAGGUGAAUGGAAGGAAGUCACAGAGCACAAAGAUAUCAGUGUUUUGGGCCUGCAGAUUUCCGAUUAUUACAUCCAAACCCCAACAACAGAAAAGGAAGCUUACACUGAGCUCAUUUCUCAUAUUUUUGCUGGGCAGAAGAAUAAUUUUAUCAGUACUGAAAACCUGUUGGCCUCCUGGGAAGUAUGGACUCCACUUCUCAGCAGCCUUAAGGGAUCUUUCCCUCGGAUCUACCCUGGUGGCGCUGACAAUGGAGGCAUGCUGGACGUCCAUCUGAGGGGGAAAGAAAUCCACUAUAACAGUGAGGUGGUGAUCAUUAGUCCCGAUCAGACGGGAGGGACAUCAGCCAGCAAUUUCCAGGUGAUGCAGGGGAAAUUUCGCAGUGCUGAGAUGGUGUCUGCCUGGACGGAGGAGCUGGUAGAGAGGCUGGCUGCAGAUAUGCAGGAAGCAGCUGAGAAGGCCGUGCAGGAGAACGGGGUCUUCCAUCUCGCCCUCUCUGGAGGCUCCAGUCCUCUCGCCCUGUUUCACAGGUUGGUUCUGCACCAUUUCUCCUUCCCCUGGAGAGAUACGCACAUCUGGAUGGUGGAUGAGCGCUGUGUUCCACCGACUGAGAUGGAGUCUAACUUCUACAACAUGCAUAAACACCUCCUGCACUACGUGAAGAUACCAUACUACAACAUCCACCCCAUGCCAGUGCAGCUCAACCAGCGCCUCUGUGUGGAGGAGGAUGGAGGAGCUCAGCUGUAUGAGAAGGAGAUCAAAAAACUUGUUAACGGAUCCAGCUUUCACUUCGUCCUGCUGGGCGUCGGAUACGAUGGCCACACGGCCUCACUGUUCCCUGGUGGGAAACUGAACGAGCUGGGAGAGGGGCUGGUCGCUCUCACAGAAAGCCCCGUCAAGCCUCAUCAGAGGAUGAGCCUCACCUUUAGCGCCAUUAACCGAGCACGCAGCAUCGCUGUUUUAGUGAUGGGAAAAGGCAAACAUGAGCUGGUCACCCAGCUGAGCCGGGUUCAGGAAAACUUGGAAAAAUAUCCGGUCACUGGAGUGAAGCCAGCUAAUGGAAGGCUAGUUUGGUAUAUAGACUAUGAUGCACUUUUAGGGUAGGCGGUUCAAUUUCAUUCAGAGAAUUAAGCUGCUUUUGGUUGGGGAGCAAAAUGAAUGAACCAGCAGAGAGACUUCAGGUUCUUGCUUUAAUUACAUUGAAUAAACAUUUCCUUACUUGCUACCUAAGUUUAUCACUAAACUGUUCCCGUCAGAAGUUUAUAUACACUCAUCUCUGGUAUGAUGGUAUCAGUUUCAAAUUUAAGUUCUUUAUUUGAACGAUACAUUUUUGAGUCAGGCAAUAGAAAGUGCAGCUAUAAAGAUCACAAAUAUUAGGUUGAAUCUUUUGGGGAUUUUUUUCCAGCCCUUUUAACUGUGACAACAUUUUUUUACAUUACCACUAUAUCGUUUGAAAAAAUAUGAGUUGGAGAGUUUGCAGACCUCCUGUAGCCCUGAGAAUAGCUCUGCUAUGGGCUUUAAGCCUAUUUAUUUCUUAAUUUUGUUGCUUGUCAUCAUUUAAGUCAAAGUCAUUCAAGAAGCCUGUUGGCAUAAUCAAUUCCAAAACCACUUUUAAUGUCUUCCUGAUGUCUCUGUCCUGUUGAAACAUCCAAUUAUGUCAACAUAAUAACCAUUUAGUUGCCCCUCAGCAUGAUUCCAUCACCACCAUGCCUGACAGCUGCUUCAGUGUUCUUCAUCACACAUUCCUCUUGUUUUAUGAAAGAAUACUCACCCUUGUCUCGUUGGACCAUAACGUUUUAUUACAGAAUUUGGGCAGCUGCAUAUUUCCGCUUCUGAAGGUUUCUGCUUGGAGCGGGUCUUUCCUUCUUCGUUGCCAGGUCCUCGGACCAUGUUGAUUUGAAACUCUGAACAGUGACCCUGGUGCCCCAGCAUCUUAUAGUUUAUCUUAAGAUUGAGUUUUGGUAGUUAAUGGAUUGUUUCCUGGGUUUUCCGACCUUUCCGAUUGGUUUAAUAAUCUUCUCUUGCUACAUGUUUGCAUUUUGUAGAGCUCCUGAACCAAAAGGGCCUUUUGAGAACUCAUCAAAUUUUAUCACUGCCUCCUGUAUGACCAAUUCUUUUUCUUUAAGUUAAAUCACAUUACAAUUAUUCAACCAAAUUGAUGUUUAAGACUUAAGAUUUUUACAAGAUGAUGGAUAUUUUCCAUGUAGGAAAUGUCCCAUUAUUAUGGAAAAUGCAGGAACAUAGUUUGCCUUAUGACAAAUGAAGGACUGAACAAGAGAAAGAAUCUCUUUAUUAUAGCACCAUUCUGCUGUGCACAUUUAGGCAAAACAUAGAAACCGAUGCUAGAACCUUAGACCCAGUUACCCAUUUAAUCCCUUUUGGCCCAGUCUGUAAAGAGAAACUGCGGAUGCCUAUUCCAUCCACUAAGCUGUAGUGUGCAGACCCUUGGGCUGGAGAUGUUCCAACAGAACAACAUUGCACAUUAAAAAGCUGUUUGGAAUGGAUCAAAGGAGCUAGCUUCAGUCAGGACAUUAACCUCUACCCUAUUAGGCUUUCUUUAAGUUUGGGCCACGCCACCGUGGAACAAGAAUCUUUAAAAUUGAAUUAUGUCUUUUCCCAUGUUGGGUAUACGUAAACAUCUGACCUGCCCUGGUCUUUAGAUCAGUUUAAAGUCUCCUCAAGGUUCCCUGUUUAAUGGGUCCAUGUGUUUGUACGAAAACUGGGACACUAGGAUACCCCUGAGGCAAAUAUUUCCACUUCAAGAACUGAAGUUUAAUGAUAAACCAAACCUUUAAAGCACAAACUAGUCUGAGCUUUUGCAGUUUAAUGAGUAAAAGCAGGAUCCUUUUCUAUCAAAAGAAACUUUAUGUGGAAUCUGUGUGAGUGAAUUGAAUAUAGUUUUAGCCUUUUAAGUUUUGUUUAAGUGUGAGCUGAGUGGAAAUGUUGAAAGAUUAGAGGCAUCCAUGUCUCUAGUUCAUAGUAUAAAGUUUGCAGCAUGUGAUGCCGUGAAAUUUAGAGCUCUGAGCCAAACAAACACAGGAAUGAUUAAGUUUAGACAGAAUCAAUGUGUUUGAUAGUUUAAAUUAAAGAACAUCUCAGGUUUCUGUGUAAUCUGCAGUUCUAGAUUAUACAUUUAUUAUUUGGUGGUGGGGUUUCUAUUUUUAUAUAGAUUCGGUGUGAUGAAGGCUAGUGGUGCUGUAGAGACUUUGAGAUAAGACAUUCCUAUCAGAUUAUUUCUGUGCAAUCUGAAGGUGAGUUUAUUUUUUUAAUUCACCAUUUCAGGACAGAACUGAUUGUUUCAAUAAAAAAUAAAGAUGACCUUGAAUGUUGUAUUAUACUGUAUUCCUGCUCUGAUCUUUUUUAAAUUAACAUAUAUCGGUUGUAUUUAAUGUCAGGGUGUUGCAUCCAUGACAGAUACUAAAACACAUAAAAGAUUAAAAAAAUAAAGCAUUAUUUUCAGCAGUACUUCA